AGGGGGACACGUGCUGCGGCAAACUGGGGGGAUUCUGAGACACUAUGAGACACUUCUCAUCUUGCUCCUGGCCAAAAGCCGUCGGAGCGUCGGGACGUUCCGGGGCCUCCCGUGUUUUCCACCGCGCGACAUGAGCGACGAGAUGAGUUCCCGGUCGUCGACCAGCCCCAACGAAGAUCUUCCCAUGGAAGGGCACACAGCACACCAUGUGGUGAGUGACGACUUUGAGGACAUUGAUUUGGAAGAGUGCGUCCCAGAUGAGGCCGAGCUGCCAGACGUGGACUCCGACCUGGCCAAAACGCGGCUCGCGCGGCUGGUGGCCAUGAUUGAGCGAAUGGAGCCCACCCGCCCCGAGAUCAUGCGGGCGGUGCCCCUGCAUCGAGUGCUGGCGUGUGUGGGGAAGGUCUUCUGGACGGCGGAGGGAGAUUUCUUUCAGCUCAGCAAGGAGACGACAUCUUAUGAUGAGUUCUUGAGUCAUAGCUGGCAGGUCGAAAGCUGGAAGAAAGUCUUGCUCCUGAUGAUCUUGAAAAAUGGCUUUCCUGCCAGCGUGAUCGGUACUUCGGGAGCUUUGCUCAUGGUGGUACUUUGGCAGUUCGGUUUCCUACCUGGCUUUGUCAAGCUCGAGUUCCAGUUUUCCUUUUGGUGUUCUGUUGUUGGCAUGACCCUUGGGCUGUCGACCCUGAUAUUUUGGAGAUCUCACCGCUUAGUGUUUGUUGAUAGAAUGUGCAUCAAUCAAUUUGAUGGACGCAUGAAGGCUGAGGGAAUCAUGAACAUUGGAGCUAUGCUGAAGGCUUCCAAAUCCCUUCUUGUCGUUUGGGACGAAUCGUAUGCGGAUCGAUUGUGGUGCAUCUUCGAGCUCGCUGCAUUUCUGAAGGCUCAUCCAGAAGUGUCCAGCGGAAAAUCCAGAAUCUUGCAGGUGAAGCCCUUGAUGCUAGGUUUCACUGUAUGCAAUCUGUGUGUAUGUGUCUUUUUGGCUGGCACUUUUGGCGUGCUCAAUCCCGCAGAAGAUCUGAUGGUCAUUUGGUCAUUGCUGUUGUUGUUCAUGCUCUUCGAGGGCCUCUCAUUAAGCCAUACUGUCCGCGGAUACUAUCGAUCCUUGGAAGCGAGCAACCGUAAGCUGCAGCAGUUUGAGCUGCGCCAUUCUUUUUGCUGGUGUUGCAGUGUGAAUCACCUGAACCCUGCGAGUGGCCAGCCCAUUCAAGUGUGCGAUCGGGAGAUUGUUCGCCAAUGUGUGACCAGCUGGUUUGGCUCGGAGCAAGAAUUUGAUCAUUCGGUGCGAUCAGUUGUCGCCCAUGCACUUAAACAACAACUUGGAUGUGAUGCAUUUCCAUACACUUGGAUGCUUGGCUCCACCACGCCUCUCUUGUGGCCUCUAUUUGACUUUGUGGCAUCCUACCAAGGAGCAGAAAAGAUGCGUUACCUAGCCCCAAGCUGGGCGAUUAGGAUUCUGGCCUACUGGCUUUGGGGCAUUCCUUUUCCUGCAACGGUUGGGCUUUUCGCUGCACGCUGUUUGCGAGAAAAGGGGCAGAGCAGAUUCCGAGACUUUCUGAAGACUCUCUUGGUGAUCAUAAUCGCUGCGCCCUGCGGACUUGUGGUGAUCGGUUGGCAGAUUUACAUUGAGCUGAACUUUUUCGAUGAACUGCAGAGUGGUCAUGAGACAUGGGCUUCGUUGCUCUUCGUGGGUGGCUGUGCUGUGAUGUUUUGGGCGGCUCGAAAGGCUUAUCACCUCAGCAAUCAGCGCUUCUUCAAGAGCCUUACGCUGGCGACCUCAUAAGACACCUGAACUGCUGGCAGUAAUACACCCCACUGCUAGUUGAUUCACCUUUUGUUAGUAGACUGGGCGGGUAGGCCGUAGAGGUCAGGUAGGUCAGCUAGGGAGCCGGUCGCUGGUAGAAGCAAGGUAGCUAGUAGCUUAAGUAGCUCCUACGCAUGGACGCAGGAUAGCGCUCGCAUUAUUUGGUUCCAUUGCUACCCUUCGGCCCUCAAGUCUAAGGAACAGAUCAUCUUCCAAAGCCUCGUUCCCGAGCGGGUGGUCUUAACAGCCAUGUGCAAACUGCCAGCGAAGGGAUUGGCAGAUGUUUCACUGGCACCUGGAGACCUCCGAGCUUUGCUUUUCUUUUCCAC